UGUUGAUAUUGUGCAUUGAGCGUGACGAACACAAAGCACAGCGCUUAGGCAAAUCCAAGGUUGGAAGCAGUAUAAUCGCCAGGUAUUGUCCAAGGAUCUGUGAUGCAGAUCACUGUUUGUCGUCAUUUAGUGUGACUUGUGAAAGGGAGCAGCACGUUGAAUAUUCACCCUUUAUUUGGACUUAAGUGAAUCAUAAGAAUUUUGUCAAACAUAACUUACAUGCGAACCCAUACCAUUUGAAAGUAAUUUAGUGUUUUGCAUAAAAUGUAUUUGAGAUACAAAUAUUUGAGACAAUAGAUGUUAAUGGAUUCUUUAAAUCUCUUUAUGAUACCUCAAAAGUACGGAUGAAUAUCAAGAAAAGUUAUCUGGGAAUAUACAAUGGAUUUCAGCUAAUGGGAUGGGGUUAUAUACUAUCUUUAUACAUAUUUGAGUCCUCCAUCAAAAGAAAGUGGUUUGAGUUCAGUGUUCAAGUAGAUUUUUUUCUACGCCUGUUCCAAUCACUAGCUGUCGUUGAGAUAAUCCAUUCCGCAGUAGGAUUAGUUAGAUCUUCCGUCAUGACAACAAUGUUACAGGUAUCUUCCCGGUUACUAGUUGUGUGGGGAAUUUUAUAUAUAGUCCCAGAAGUUGCACGUGAUAAUUUGGGUGUCCCACUCAUUGUUAUAUCGUGGUCUAUUGCUGAAAUGAUUCGUUAUUCAUAUUAUGUAGCAGAUAUAUGUAGGGUCAAGUUAAAUCUGCUAACUUGGUUAAGGUACUCAGGUUUUAUGGUUUUGUAUCCAACUGGGAUUUCUGGUGAGGUUCUUCUAAUAGUAAGUGGUAUAAAAAGACUGAAGGAAACAGAAGAAUAUUCCUUCAAUCUUCCAAACGCUCUAAAUUGUUCACUCUAUUAUUGGUUUGCUUUGGUUACUAUACUUAUAACCUACAUUCCAGGUUCGAAGACAAUGUACACUCACAUGAUGCGUCAAAGAAGAAAAGUGUUACAAAAUUGUAACUAAGGAACAAUUGUUAUUUUUUCAUUAUAUGAAAAAUUUAGCUUAUUUAUAAAUGUUCCAUAAGUAUUAACUGCCAUUUGGCAUUUCUCUGAUGUACCUAAGAGCACCCAAGAUUUAGUCUCUUAUUUCAUCUAGCUAAAACGUUCCAAGUGUGACGAAAUACGUAUUCUGAACCCGUCCAACUGCUAGCUAUCAUCCAUCUCUUUAUAACGUCUGUGACAAUGAAAAUAUUGAGGCAAUCCACACAGGGUUCAUAUAUGUUAAAAGAGAUUUGUUAAUUGUAGUCCUACACAUCAAUUGGAAAUUUCAAAUAAGCAGUACAUAUGA